AUGUCCACCACCGACACCGCCCCGGCCGAAAUCCCCUCCCAACAACAACCCAUCGCCGACCUCCCCUCAGGCGACCCAAUCCCCUCGCCCUCCAAACCGUUGACCACCCCCCCCAACACCCUCCCCCUAACCACCCUCCUCGCCAACCUCCCCUCCUCCACAAACUUGUUCCUCUCCCGCCUCGAGAAAUGCAUGUCCACCCCCUCAGGGAUCGACACAGUGAUGCUGUUGCUGUGCUACACCUCCAAACUCGCCGCCUCAGUCCUCACCUCUGGUCACAUAACCACCCUCCUCUCCAAAACCUCCCAACCCAUCGCCCGCAAAACCCUCGCCACCCUCCUCGCCAAACGUCUCAACAACCUCUCGGCGUUGAUGUCCGAGUCAAGGGUUAUCCUCCGCCUCUGGGCGCUAUUGGGGAUCUACUCCUGGGGCCGCUCCAUCGUCUCCUCCCCUACGACAUCUAUCACUGCCAAAACGCUGGAUUAUAUCCGGCUUGUCCUCUGUGUUUUGCUUCAGGGGCUGGAGAACGGGGCGUACUUGAGUUUCAGGGGGGUGAUGGGGUGGAGUCCGGAGCAGCAGGGGAGGGCGUACAAAUGGUCGGCUAGGUUUUGGGGGGCGUUUGUCGGGAUCGAAAUUGGGAAAUUGCUUGCUGAGCGGGUGGGCAGGAAGGUUCAGAAGAAGGAUGGAGAGGAAGAGAAGAAGGAGGCGAGGGAGUGGAAGAGGAAGCUGGCCAAGAGUUUGGCUUGGGCGCCGUUGACGGUGCAUUGGAGUGUGGAUGGGGGGUUGCCGGGGGUGACGGAGGGGGUGGUGGGGCUGUUGGCUAGUGUGCCGGGGGUGAUUCAGAUGGGGGAUUUGUGGGAGACGGUGACGAAAUAG